GGGCGGGGACGCACCUUUCGCGCGCUGCUCGUCGAGCGGGAGCUGGGCAGCGAAACGGGUUUCUCGUCGCGCUUGAGGCGGCGGCUCCUUUUUCCCCUCAGCAGCCAUCGCCAUGUCCCGCCAAAGCAGCCUGCUCAGCUUUUUCCCCAAGUCGGCGAAGGUGGAGGACGACGACGACGGCGGCGGCGGCGGCGGCAGCAGCAGCAGCGGCGGCAGCCCCCCUAGCGAUCUCGAGGGACCUCCGAGGGCCUCGAGCCGAGCUCGCGGCAGCACCCGCGGCAGAACCAGGGCGCCGCCGACCGAUUGUGACUGUGAAUUUUCACCUGGUGACUUGGUUUGGGCUAAACUUGAAGGGUACCCUUGGUGGCCGUGCCUCGUGUACAGACAUCCCACAGAAGGAACACUUUUCAGAGGAAGAGGAAGAGCCUCUCGCAUCCAUGUACAGUUUUUUGAUGAUGACCCAUCGAGGGGUUGGGUUAGCAUUAGAUACAUACGACCAUAUACAGGUUCUACUGGCAGAGAUACCCAGAGAGGAGGCAUGUUUUACAGUUCAAAGCCUGAGAUUAAGAGAGCAAUGGAACUGGCAGAUGCUGCUCUGAGGAAAGAGAAAAGUGAGCGACUUGAUCUUGCGGUAUGUGACAAACCUUCAGAAAGUGAGGAGGAGGAAGAAGAGGAGAUGGAGCAGGUGAGUGAUGAAGGUGAUGAAUUUGACACAGCAGAGGAAGUGAAAAAAAGUAGAAAUAAAAGGAUAGCCGGACGACAGAAGCAUGAUGGAAAAGUCAAAAGGCGGAAAGUUUUCAUAGAUUCAGACAGUGAUAAUGAGGGUUCAGACAUGGAAUUUAAGCCAGACCAAGUCAGCAGUGAUGAAAAUAGUGCUGGAAUAGGUGACAGUGAGGCAUCUGAAUCUGAGACUGGCCCAGAAAAGAGAGUGAAACAUCCUGUUAAAGUCCUUUCUAAACACUCUCCUAAACAAAUGCAAGAAAAGGUAUAUAAACCUCCCCAGAAGGAUACUAUUAAAAACAACUUUCCUGAAACGCCCAGCAGAGAAAUCAACCUUUCUUCUGAGAUCAUGUAUAAAUUAGCAUCUUUUGCAUCACCUGACUGUCUCGAUUAUCGAUCAACUAUUAAUGGAGGAGGAGGAGAUUCCAGCCCAACUGUGUGGGAACAUGAUAAAAUUGAUUGGCUCCAGGAUGGUAAAAGGAAAGAUGGUCAUAGGAGACGACAAAGUGACCCAGAUUAUGAUCCGAGUACUCUUUUUGUACCAGAAGACUAUCUUAAAAACUGUACUCCUGGAAUGCGAAAGUGGUGGGAGCUUAAGAGUCAGAACUUUGACUGUGUGAUUUUCUAUAAAGUUGGAAAGUUCUAUGAAUUGUACCACAUGGAUGCUGUUGUUGGGGUUAACAAACUUGGGCUGUUAUUCAUGAAAGGUACUUGGGCUCACUCAGGUUUCCCAGAAAUAGCCUUUGACAGAUUCUCCAAUAUCCUAGUUCAGAAAGGUCACAAAGUUGUCCGUGUUGAGCAGAUGGAGACUCCAGAGAUGAUGGAAGCUCGCUGUAAAUCUUUGGUUCACCCGACAAAAUUUGACAGGGUUGUACGCCGAGAAGUAUGUAGGAUAAUUUCCAAAGGAACACAAACCUACAGUGUUCUGGAUGGUGACUAUUCAGACACCCACAACAGAUACCUGCUUUGUGUGAAAGAAAAAGUUGAUGAUUCUGCUGGUCUUCACCGUACCUACGGAGUAUGCUUCGUUGAUACAACAGUGGGAAGGUUUUAUUUGGGUCAGUUUCUGGAUGAUCGCCAUUGCUCAAGAUUUAGAACCCUUUUGGCUCAUUAUACACCUGUGCAGAUCCUUUUUGAGCGAGGGAAUCCUUCUGCAGAAACACAGAAGAUUCUCAAAAACUUACUUCCCUCUACUGUGCAGGAAGGUUUGUUUGCUGGCUCUCAAUUCUGGACUGCAUCUAAAACACUAAAAGCUCUCACUGAAGAAUGCUAUUUCCAGGACAAGGAAAAUGUGAACAGUGGGCUCACUCUGCCUCCAGUAAUCAGAUCCCUGACUGCAGAAAAUGAUUCGUUGGGACUUACUCCUGGGGAAAAUGGUGAGCUUGCGCUCUCUGCUCUUGGCGGUUGUGUCUUCUAUCUUAAGAAAUGCAUUAUUGACCAAGAACUUUUAUCAAUGGCAAAAUUUGAAGAAUAUGUUCCUGUGGAUGUUGAUAUUACAAAAGGAAUGAAGUCAAGUAAUAUGUUUGUUAAAACAAGCCAGAGAGUGGUGCUGGAUGGGGUAACUCUAGCAAACCUGGAAAUACUACAGAAUGGAACUACUGGUUCGGUAGAAGGCACUUUGCUAGAAAAGAUUGACACUUGUUGUACACCCUUUGGAAGGAGACUCCUAAAGCAAUGGCUCUGUGCACCAUUGUGUAAUCCUUGCACUAUCAAUGACCGUUUGGAUGCGGUUGAAGACCUCCUAGCUGAGGCUGCCAAAAUGUCUGAAAUCCGUGACCUUCUGAAAAAACUACCAGACCUUGAGAGGCUUUUGAGCAAAAUUCAUAGUAUUGGAUCUUCACUUAAGAACCAAAAUCACCCAGAUAACAGAGCCGUUCUCUAUGAAGAGGCCAGGUAUAGCAAGAAGAAGAUCAUAGACUUCUUGUCUACAUUAGAAGGGUUUAAAGUAGUAGUUGAAGUUAUCUCAAUUUUGGAAGAUAUUGUGGAUGGUUUUAAAUCCAAAACACUAAAACAGAUAGUGACUGUCAAAUCCAAAAGCCCCGCAGGCUCUUUUCCAGACUUAAAAGCAGAACUUGAAAGGUGGGAUGCAGCCUUUGAUCAUAACAUUGCACGGAAGACUGGUGUGGUUAAUCCAAAAACUGGGUUUGACUCUGAUUAUGAUAAAGCACUGGAGGAUAUAAGUGAUGUUGAGGAACGCCUUCGUCAGUAUCUAGAAAAGCAGCGCAAACGGCUGGGUGUCAGAGCUAUGAUGUACUGGGGAGCAGGCAAAAACCGCUAUCAAAUGGAGAUUUCAGAGACUGCAGUGCCAAGGGAUUUGCCUGAUGAGUAUGUGUUGAAGUCAAGCAGAAAGGGCUAUAAGCGAUACUGGACCAAAGACAUAGAGAAGAUGCUAAAUGAUAUUGUCAAUGCUGAAGAGCGAAGGGAUGCAGCACAGAAAAACUGUAUGAAAAGGUUGUUCUACGACUUUGAUAAGAGCAGCAAAGACUGGCAAACAGCAGUAGAAUGUGUUGCGGUACUAGAUGUCCUAUUGUGCCUUGCACAUUAUAGUCAGGGAUGUGAUGGACCAUUGUGUCGACCUACAAUUGUGCUUCCGGAGAACAAUACUACACCUUUUCUGGUGCUAAAACGCUCCCGCCACCCAUGCAUUACAAAAACAUUCUUUGGAGAUGACUUCAUCCCCAAUGAUAUCCUUAUUGGCGUACAGAAUGAAGAGGCAAAUUCUGAAAGUGAUGCUUGCUGUGUGCUAGUGACUGGCCCAAACAUGGGAGGAAAGUCUACACUCAUGAGACAGGCUGGCCUUUUGGUAAUAAUGGCCCAGUUGGGAUGCUUUGUACCUGCUGAAUCUUGCACGCUUACUCCUGUUGAUAGAGUGUUCACCAGACUAGGGGCUUCAGAUAGGAUUAUGUCAGGGGAAAGUACAUUCUUCGUUGAGCUGAGUGAGACUUCAAGUAUAUUACAGCAUGCAACAGAGCAUUCCCUGGUUCUUAUGGAUGAACUAGGCAGAGGUACAGCUACAUUUGAUGGAACUGCUAUUGCCAGUGCAGUUGUCAAAGAACUGUCAGAGAAUAUUAAAUGCCGCACUAUGUUUUCAACACAUUACCAUUCUUUAGUAGAGGAUUAUUCUCAUAGUCCCUCCGUGAAGUUGGGACACAUGGCAUGUAUGGUGGAAAAUGAAAGCGAGGAUCCCAGUCAAGAAACAAUCACAUUCCUUUACAAAUUCAUUAAAGGGGCAUGUCCUAAAAGCUAUGGCUUUAAUGCGGCAAGGCUUGCUAACAUUCCAGAAGAAGUUAUUCAGAAAGGUCACAAAAAGGCGAGAGAGUUUGAGCGAGCUAUUUUCUCCCUGAAAGUGUUUAGGAACCUUUGCCGGAUAGCUGAAGGAGCACCAGCAACCAGAAAUGACCUGGACAAACUAAUUAGGCUUCUUGGUUGAGACCUUGUAGAGUUUUUACAGCGGUUUUCAAAGGCAGUAUGCAGACAACACAAUGAUCUAAUAAACUUUAUUUUUUAAAAAUGA